GCCCUGAGACACCGGCCGCGGGAGCGAGCCGGCCGCCAACUCCGCUGCCCGUGCUCGCCGCUGCCCCGCACCGCGCCCGCCGCCCGGCUCUUCGCCCAACCUCGCCCGCCUUCCCGCAGCAGCGGCGGCGGUGCCGGGGGCCGCUCCCUCCGGCUGCGGCGCCGCCGCUGCCCGCGCGCCCGCACACUCCCGCAGCCCCACCAGGGGCGUCCUCACUCACCUAGCGCCGGCCGGGGAGGUGCGCGGAGGGACGCGCCGGGGCCUCCCUCCGGUGCGGAGCGCGGUCCGCGGAGCGCUGCGGAAGGAGGCGCGCGGAGCUGCACGGCCGGGGACGGGCGCCGGGCGGCUGCAGGGCUCCGGGCUCCGCCGCGUCCCCAGCGCCCAGGCCAGUCCCGCCGGGCGGCCUGCGGGGGCGGCGCAGUUGCGAAACUGAGUGCCUGUGCCUGGUGCCCUGCCCAUCCUCCGGUCCGGACGACCUCGCUCUCUCCCCACCUGAGGGCUCCAGCGCAACCAGCUGACUACACAGACCUGCCUUCUCCAUGUUUCCAUAGCCAGAGACAUGACCUGACACCUCUGAUGACCAGUCUCAGGGCCCUUGGGUGACUGACUGGCUGGUGCACCAUGGAACUGAAAGUAUGGGUGGAUGGAGUUCAGAGGAUUGUUUGUGGGGUCACCGAAGUCACCACUUGCCAGGAGGUUGUAAUAGCCUUAGCUCAAGCGAUAGGUCGAACUGGAAGGUACACUCUAAUAGAAAAAUGGAGAGAUACCGAAAGACAUUUGGCACCUCACGAAAACCCCAUCAUAUCCUUAAACAAAUGGGGGCAGUAUGCUAGUGAUGUACAGCUCAUUUUACGUCGGACGGGGCCAUCUCUCAGUGAGCGACCCACUUCAGACAGUGUGGCUCGAAUUCCUGAAAGAACUUUAUACAGGCAGAGUUUGCCCCCCUUAGCUAAACUGAGGCCUCAGAUUGACAAAUCAAUCAAACGGAGAGAACCUAAAAGGAAGUCAUUAACAUUUACAGGAGGUGCCAAAGGAUUAAUGGAAAUUUUUGGAAAGGGUAAAGAAACUGAAUUUAAGCAAAAGGUGCUGAAUAACUGCAAAACAACGGCUGAUGAGUUAAAGAAGCUGAUCCAUUUGCAGACAGAGAAGCUUCAAUCCAUUGAGAAAGAGCUAAAAUCAAAUGAAAUAGAAAUAAGAUUUUGGGAGCAAAAAUAUAAUUCUAACCUUGAAGAGGAAAUUGCCCGCCUGGAGCAAAAGAUCAAAAGAAAUGAUGUAGAAAUUGAAGAGGAAGAAUUUUGGGAAAAUGAAUUACAGAUUGAACAGGAAAAUGAAAAACAGCUGAAGGAUCAACUUCAAGAAAUAAGACAGAAAAUAACAGAAUGUGAGAGCAAAUUAAAGGACUAUUUGGCCCAGAUCCAGACUAUGGAAAGUGGUCUUGAGGCAGAAAAAUUGCAACGGGAAGUCCAGGAGGCACAAGUCAAUGAAGAAGAGGUUAAAGGAAAAAUCGGUAAGGUCAAAGGGGAAAUUGACAUUCAAGGCCAGCAGAGUCUGAGGCUGGAAAAUGGCAUUAAAGCUGUGGAAAGGUCUCUUGGACAGGCCACCAAACGAUUACAGGACAAAGAACAGGAACUGGAGCAGUUGACUAAAGAGCUGCGGCAGGUCAAUCUCCAGCAGUUCAUCCAGCAGACAGGGACAAAAGUGACCGUACUGCCAGCGGAGCCCAUCGAAGUGGAGGCCUCGCACGCAGACAUAGAAAGGGAGGCACCAUUCCAGUCAGGGUCCCUGAAGCGGCCCGGCUCAUCUCGGCAGCUCCCCAGUAAUCUUCGUAUCCUGCAGAACCCCAUCUCGUCCGGCUUUAACCCUGAAGGCAUAUAUGUAUAACAUUAUCUGUCUUUUGGGAAGGGACCCAAUAAAAGUUCCAGGGACAGUGAAAAUUCUUUCUUUGAUUUGUGCCAAUGAUGAACAGAGGACCUGCUUCACAAGCCACCAUAUCUUUCUUUUGUCCUAAAUUGCAUACCACUUGGAGCCAUACCCUGUGCACUGAUGCUAAAGAACAAAGAAACUAUGUUUUCACACAUCAACAGUGUUGACAUUUUUAUCCAACAGCUGUAAUACAAAGCCUUCAUUUUUAUUGGUAGCAUUUUGAGAGCAUUAGGAAAGUAUUAUACUGUGUAUAUACAUAAAUAAAACCGUGACUUAAGAGAGUGAAGAGAAAUACGUGACUGGCUUAGUUUAAUUUAUUCCAUGUAAUCAAUUAAUGUGUGAAUGUUGAUGCCGUAACAUUUGUUAUUAAUACUGAUCUCCUGACGGAAUUACAUUACACACUGUGUGAUGCUGACCCUGUGCGCCCGCGGCCAGACCCGCGCCGCACGCUGCUGGUGUGCAAGAGCCACGGGGGCUCCUCCGGCAGAUGCAGCCCCCCCCGCAGAGCCCACGCGCAUUCAUUUUGUGACUUGUCCUAGACGUCGUUCAGUUGCGUGAAAUGACUCAGGUUUUCUUUUUAAUCUGAAGUUUAAUCUUUUCUUUCCAGUAUUUUCAUAUAAAUGGUCACAUAGCAGAACAGAAAUAUUUUCAUGAGAUACUUGUAUAUGUUUAAAAGGUUCGAAGUGCUUCCGACACUGUCGAACAAAGAUGUGAAUGUGGACUAUCCAAACAGGCCAGGCGGUUCCUAGCCCACCAUUGUGUUCUGUCUCUGCCCUGCCUUAUCCCUUCACUCCUGUGGAUCCUCAGAGUUGCCGUAAUGCAUAAGUUAGAGGCCUCUGAGGACCAGGCCAGUCUACUUCAGGAAGGUCGCUUUGAGUGGUAUGUUCUGAGAGUAACCCACUCCAUUCGGAUGAUCUUUCGGUGUAAGGCACCCGUGGGUUUACUCUGUAAAUUACGGACUAUGGCGAUUUCUCCAAUCACUUAGAGAGAAAGUGGGUUGGAGUUAGGUACUUUUUGCCAAGGAAAUAAAGCUAAAAUCAGUGUUUGUUUUCAUGUCUGAGCUUGACUUUUAUAGGACAUUAAUCUCCAUUUGUACAUUUAUUUUCUUAUUUAUAAAACCAAAAAGUCAGCUCCCCUCCCAUGAGUAGUGAUUUAACUAAAAUAACACAAGUAAUAUCCACAUGGAUGUGGUCCGAUACCUCUCAGCCAUUUUUACAUUCCCUCUGAUCAAAAUUUGGUACAAUAUAAGUAAGACCUUUUUCUGAAAUUUAUAGUUUUUAAUUCUGAGGAAAAUAUAUUCUCUGUAUUAUUUACAAGCCACGAAGUAGCAGUGGAUUAGUGUAUUAAUGCCAUGGUGACAGUAAACAGAUGUAAGUUGUAGCUUAUGCAUGAGGGCAGCUUUGGAUGUUUUCACACAUUUGACUUACUUUUGAUUUAAUGAAUGCUGAGAAUGCUGCUAUAUCUAGGUUUCCAAUGGAAAAUUAUAAGAAUGGCUGUGAAAAUAUAUAGAAGCUUCUAGAGAAUUGAACGUAAUAAUGCAGAGUUGCCUUUUCUAGCCCCGCUAAAUGGCAGACCUCAACUAAAGAUAUUAUUUUCUUUGGGUUCUUGGAGUUACUGAGUUGACCUUGCCAUUAUACUACUUUUCAAAUAACUUGAGAAAUAAAUGGUUCUUACCUAAAUAACCACAACCUGUACACAUUUCCUCUCAAUUUGUAGUAGUUAUUUCAUAUAUACAUAUGAUAAAAAUGAGAAUUUAAAAAAUCAAAAUAAUUUGUAGAUUUUGUGACAAUAAUGAUUUAUGUAUGCCUGAUGUAUGCCUUAUUUUUAAAGGGUACCAUCCUAUACUAAGACAUUUUGUUACUGUUAUUCAGAGAAAUUGUGAUCUUAUUCACAAGGAAAAAUAUUUUUAUAAAUUGAUCACAUUCUAUAUAAAUCAAAAAGCUAAACUGAAGAUAUAUUGAACUUUGCAGUUGUAAACUGAAAAGAUGCCUUGGCAUGCCAUGAGAAACACAGAGUCUAUAUCCAGAUUAAUUGCUGUAAACUGCUACCAGCACUGAUCUCAUAACUGUAAAGAGAGACUGGCAGCGGUCCCACCUUGCAGGGGUUCAGGGCUCCCCAGCCUAGUGCCAUGGGUACCUCUCUGAAAGUGUCACCCGAAUUUUCAGGCUGCCAAAUAGUCUUCAUGGAUGUAAUUACAGAUGAAAAUACUAUUUCGUAGAUGAGACGAGCGUGUACACAUGAAUUUGACGAACACAUUAAGCAGCUGUGCUUUUUAAUCAGUUUUAUUCCUUCUGAAAGCACACCUCUAAGGAAUGUUUUCUAAGUUUUUUUUUAAAUAACUCAAAACUCAUUUCCUUGGAACAUCUUAAAACUGUUUUAGUUAUUCCUAAUCAUUUUUAUCCAUUGUGAAUACAGAUGAGUUUGAUGAAGGGCCACAUCUUUGGACGCACGGCCGUGCAGGGGGUGCAGUGCUAUAUACAAACAUGCCAAAUACCAAAUUUUGCAUCUGGGGAAUAUUCAGGUUCUAAAUACUAAAUUAGAUGACAAGUUCUUUGUUAUUAUACUUCAGGUUCUUUUAUUGUGAUUUUUCUACAAGUAUUAAAUACCUUAGAAGAUUUUCUUUUUUACCAAGGAGCAAUUUGAAAUAGGAAAUAGCACUAGUGUGCAUGGCCCUUUGAGUGUCUGUCAUCCUCACAAAAUGAUCCGCAGUGAGUCGCCGCAGCCCUUUUUUUGUUCUUAUGAGAUACUUUGGUUUAUUAGCCUUUGUACAUUGUCUUGAUGUACAGGGAAUUUACAUGUGAGGCUUUGGUUGGCAUUCAUGGAGUUACCCAUUGAAUUCCCCCAGUCAUCUCUAAACAGGUCAUGAGUUCCCAUAGUUCAAAUUCAUCACAGUUAGUCCUAAACUAGAGCUCAAACAAGACUGGUAGGCUAAAAAUAUAGGAUUUGUGGUGUAAAAUGUGAAUUUUAACAAUGUUUAAGAAGAGCAAAUAAGCAUUUGUGUCCAGACCAUCAGUAAAAUUUUUUUACCUGCAUUAAAAGAAAAUUUUCUUUGUGAAUAAGAGCAAAACAAGAAACUUUAUUAAAAUCUUUCCUGUGAACAUCUUUCCAAAUUAGAACUAUAGUAAUGGAUUGAGGAAAAAAUGUGGAAAAAGCAAACAGUGUGCAGAGGGGAUGGGCAGGUGGGCAGCUCCCUGUGUGUAUUGCCUUUGAAAAAUCGGGCCUUAAUUUAUAUGUAAAUAACAGUGCUGUGUUCACAUCCCUCUUCCACCUGCUAAGUUGUCUUUCUUCACCUACAUUGUAUAAAAUUUUGCUCAUAAGUAUUACUUUUGUAUUAUGUCCAUUUUUAAUUGCAUGUUUAUACUAUUUGCUACAGUAUUUUUACGUUUUGGGUGAAGGCCAUCAGCUGUAUGGAGAAGACAAAACAAUCACUAUUUAUUCAGUAUUGCUGCUUUACAUUUCCAGAAUAAGCUUUCGGUGCCAGGACAGUGACUGCUUGAAAGCUGCAGGAGCUCUAUUCCAAUGCAUUUUAUAUAUUUUUAGAAACCAAAUAAAUGCAGAUUACUAUUUAGUAUACUAAUUAUAUUAAACCAGCAGAAAUAUAAAGGCAAUAAAGUAUAUACAUAUAUAUAUAUGGGGGGAAGGGAAAGAUUAAAAAAUAGGUUUACAGCCAGACAUGGGGAUAGCCCUAAGUGUAUUUCUCAGUCUGUCUUUCCUUACUGACCCAAGGAGGAUUUGAGUUGCUGCAGCUUUAAACAAAAUUGCCACGUUCACGCAUUGUGGACACAUAAAUGUGCUUUUAGUACUGCUUUGCUUAUGUACAAAUAAAGUACCUGUAGUCUGUAUUAUAUGUAAUUAUUCUUUUGACUGUCAUUUUAAAAUGUUAUAUUUUCUGAUUAUUAUCAUGAUCUGUAAAACAAAGGAUCAAUAUCUGAUAUUCUCCCAAAUAAUAAAUUUUCAGGAUUCAUUGGGGCAUUA